AUGUCACAAGAAAAACUGUCUGAAUGGCUACCAAAAAAGGGUCUUCUAUAUCAAGAGGACAUACCAACUGUUGCACUUUGUAAACCAAAACUUCUCUCCCUCAAAUCAGUUUUUUUUAGAGAAGAUGGAAAAGAUGUUAAAGGAUGCCCAAGAACAGAUAAAGGAACAAGAAAAACAAGAAAGACUUACCGAUGAACUUGGAUAAAUAUUUUGACAAC